AUGGAAACGGUACACUCUUAUCCCCGGGAUGGUGUUCCCAUCCGGCAACCCUCGGCGGAGGAUCUGGAUGCUGCUCAGCAGCUGAUCUCAUCUGCACAGGGUGGCCGUGACCAUCUGGCCCGCAAUUGUGGAACAAAAAACACACCACUCUGGCGACGAUCUCCAACAGGGGCCAUGAUCUGCAAUGCCUGUGGCCUUUAUUUGAAAGCUCGAAAUGUCGCUCGUCCCACAAAGCGAAAUCGGAUUCAACAGGGCUCUGAGGCCGUGGACAGACCCAGUGUCACAGCCCCGCCACACGAUGCAGCAGCCCCAUCAUCAGGCGGCUGCGGUGGUUCUAAGGGUUCCUGCCCAGGCGGCGGAAGCUGUAAUGGUACUGGUGGUGCUGAGGGAUGCGACGGCUGUCCAGCCUACAACAACCGCAUCUACAAAGCGGCGCACCGCGGCGCCCCGCCUGCUCCUCAUGCCCCGUGGGGUCGAACCUCAAUUCCGGAUACAGAUCCAGCGCCUCCCGGGCCCGAAAGCGAUGCUUCUGCCAAAAAUACCCCCUCUGAUGGAGGCUCAACUCUGGUGGCUUGCCAAAACUGCGGAACAACUGUUACCCCUUUAUGGCGCCGUGACGAGCAUGGCCAUCCUAUUUGUAAUGCUUGUGGAUUGUACUAUAAGCUUCACGGUUGCUAUCGUCCGACGACCAUGAAAAAGUCCAUCAUCAAACGUCGCAAACGCGUCGUUCCCGCCCUACGCGACCAGUCUCCCACGGCUGCUACUCACUCCUCAAACGGGUCAUCAGCAUCUCCGGAAGCAUCUCCUGCAGCGUUAGCCCAUUCUCACGACGAUCAUUAUCGGUACAUGAGCAAUGAACCAAUGGACGCGCCUCGAUCAUUGCCAUUUGCACCCCCUCCUGUGGAUUUUACAAGCUACCAUGUCAGCUCCGCUCCUUUACAACACCAUCAGCUGCCAAAACUUCUGGAGCCCGAGCGUCUGGGUCACUCCCCGGUCUCUCAGUAUGGACGACGCUCUGCAUCACCAAACUCCCUUGGCAUCCCCAAGAAGCGGACGUUGGCUGAGACCGCGGCGGAAGCCCUUCCUAUCCCCACCACUCUGGAGUCUGGAUCGAAUCAAUUACCGCCUAUCAUGUCCUCAGCCAACCCCUCUCCUCCGGGUCGCUUGAGCUCGAUUUCAUCCAUCCUAAACCAGGCUGGUCCACAUGAUGAUUCCCGUAUGGAUGGCAAGCAUUUGAAUCGACCUCAGUCUUUUCAACACUCCAUACCCUCCGCCUCGCACCCAUCACACCAACCCCAGCAACUCCCCAGCAUCUCCUCUUUCUCGGACCCGGCUGUCGAUCGCCGGGCGCGACUGGAACGAGAAGCCGAACAGAUGCGCGAGGCGCUGCGUGCUAAAGAACGCGAGCUGGCCGAGAUUGGCCGAUAA